UGGCGACAAUAUGCGGAAUAUAUCCGGUUUAAUAGAUAGCAGACAGCCGUGCGUUUGUUUUGAUAUUUGUUAGUUAUGAUAUGAAGCUAAAAAAUUAAGUUGUUGGAUUGAAUAAUGUUGUAGGAAAUAUAUAAUUUGAUAAUUUCGAGAAGCUUCAACAUGUCUGUUAGUCAUCCAUUGUUAAAGCAAUUAAAAGGUCAUGUUUACGAGUUACGUAAAGAUGCUCAGACUGAGGUUCGUGACCAUCAUCCAACUAUGCUACCAUUAUGCCAUACCUUGGAAGAAAUAUUCCAAGCUGGAUUGAAAACAAAACUGAAUACCCCUUUUGGUUUAAUGAGGAAAGAUUAUUGGUUUUGGGUUCAGUUCUUAUAUGAGCAGCGAGAUAAAUAUAGGAUGCCAUAUGCACUCGUAGAAGCCAUUGAAAGUGUACAAAACAGUAAAAAGGUACAUACAAACCUUGGUAGAGGUCGUUUGUUUCUUAGAACAGCUUUGGUGAAGAAAGUACUGCCAAAUAUUUUAAAACUCUUAAUGUUUGAUGAAAUAUUUUUGUUUUCAUCCUAUGAUCCAAGCUCAUCAAUCUUAGGAAAUGAGAUAAUGUGUGAGAUCCUUUCAUCUCUUUUACAUGAACUGAAUAAAAUUGAUUUUAAACUGGAACUUAAGAAUGCCAGCUUCUUAGAUGAAACAUGGAAUUUAGGAGUUUAUAAAAAGUUUGAAUUUGUUCCAUGUAAGGAAAUGGGAAUUACAUUUGUAUAUGCAAGAGGAAGAGUAAUUGUUGUUAAAGUUGAAGAAGGAAGUGUUGCUGCUGAAGAAAACCAGAUUGAACCAGGUGAUGUCUUAGAUGAGUUGUAUGGGCAAAGCUUAUACCGGUGCAGCAGAGGACUCAUUUCAUCAUUAGCUAACAAAUAUCGAGGAUUACCCAUUUAUUUGUCAGUUGUAAAAGGCUUUUAUGUUGGUAGCAUAUAUUCACCUUUAAAACCAAUAUUUGAAAAACUACAUUUGAAAAAAGCAUUUAAUAAAAAAGAAGAAGAAAAACCUGAUUAUAUAUUUACUCCUGACUCAGGUACUGGUAGUUUGAAAUUCAACUUAAGUCUUCUUGCACGAUUUCGCGUAAAUAGCGAUGAAAAAGCUGAAAAUGUUGACAACGCUAUCAUCAGAGCACUGGAAGCAAAAUGGGAACCUGAAGAGGUGAUAAUGUAUGUUACUGAACGAGAGAUUAAAAUGUAUGACAAGGAUGAAACAGAGUUGUUGGUUCACAAGCAUUUUUCAGAAAUAUCUGCUUGUGGCAGAAAGAAAACUUACCCAGAUGUUUUUGCAUUCAUUUUUGGGAAUACUACUUGCACUAUUGCUGAAGAAUUUCGAUGUUUUGUGUUAAGAGCAACAUCACCUGUUGCAAUUGCAACUAUUCUUGAAUUAAUUGCCCAUGGUUUUGUAAAAACGCAUUGGGAAGUAUGAAGAGCAGUCAAGACCUCUGAAUCUUUAUUGAAAAUGCAAUCCUAUUUCUUUAUUCAUUUCCCAGGAUUCUGAGGAUAAAAGUAGUAUCUGAGAAGCACCCUAGUCCACAUUAGUUUUAAUACCACUUUUGUAUAACUUUGUUUGAAAACAAAGUCACUAAGUGUUUGAACUCGCAGUAUUUCGCUGUGUUGAAUAUUCACAAAAGGAACAUGCUUUUAAAAGUAAGAUAAAAUCAAUGUAUCUCUUAUGGAGGGUGAAUUUUCUAUUUAAUGCAAAUUUAGUUAUCAGUAGAAAUGGCCAAAACAAGCAUUUUGUUAUGAAAAGUGUGUGCAGAAAUGGUGCUAUGAGAUAAUAUUUCUAACAAUACAAUCUACUAACUAUAUUGUUUCUUCGAGCAGCAUGCUUCAUUACACGAAUUCAUGUCUCCCUUAUAUACAUUUUGUAUACGAAAAAAAAAUGUAUAAUUUGUAAAAAAUGCUGUAUGUGCAGCUUUUAACCAUCUAGACAAAAUGUGUAAAUCUACUAAAAAGAGUCUGUUUUACUAUCCAAAUUGUAAUAAAAAAUAUUUUACAUGUAAUCAUAUAUUCUCAUAUUUAGUGAAUUAUUGUCAGGUUUACUUGAGAAAAGAAAUAUUUCAUCAUGGGAUGCACAAUAGUUUCUUCCAAUAUAAAAUUACAGAAUAAGUAAAAAAAAAUUAAGAUAUCAUUUUACUAGAGAAAUAUUUUCCUAAAACUGACAAGAAACUGAAAAACUAACAAUAAUAUGGAUAUGCAUUUUAUUAUCUCUAUUAAAAUUAACAUUUUAUUUAUUUCAACUAGAAUAAAAUGAAAUCAAAUUUGAGAAAUUUCUU